AUGUCUUUCUUCAAAAUGAACAUUGGUUCGGGCUUCGGCCCAAACUUCGACGAGCACAAAUGGGUCCACCAGAUCCGCAAACACCUUGACGACGAGCUAGAGGAAGAAACCGAAAUCCCAAUCACAAUAUUCGGCGACCCAAAAGCCAUGAUAACGUGCAGCCCGGAAUCUUAUAUCCCACAGGAAAUCGCGAUCGGCCCGUACCACCAUUUUCGGGCCGAAGUCUACGACAUGGAGAGGUACAAAGUGGCCGCCGCCAAAAGAACCCAAAAAGAGCUCCAGGACUCAAAGCUCCAGGACAUAGUCGAACAUCUCGUCAAAUUCGACCUCCGGAUUCGGGCCGGAUACCACAGGCCCGUGGGCUUCGGGGCCGAGGCCCUAGCCUGGAUGAUGGCCGUGGACGCGUGUUUCCUUCUCGAGUUCUUUCAGGUCUGCGGAUUGAAAAUGGGCAAAGUCCUGACCAAAAACCAAUCGACCCUUUCUCGUUUGACCGAUUUAUCGACCAACAAAAACGCGAACGCCGCCAUUCUCAGAGAUAUCGUGAUGCUCGAGAACCAAAUCCCGUUGUUCGUGAUGCGAAUGCUUUUGGAGUUCCGAUUCUCGUCCUUAGAUAUCGCGGAUCAAUUGCUUCUCGACAUGUUAAUCGGGCUCGGGAACGAGAUCUUGCCGUUCAAAACGGACGGCACGCGAAAAAUCGAGGUCAAAGAGUGCGCGCACUUGCUAGACUUUUUGUACCGGUCGAUUAUCGUGCCCGAAUUCGAGGCGGGUCGACCCGAUGAAAUAAUCGAGAUUUGCGAAGAUGGGAAUUUUUCGAAAACGGACUCGUUUUCGGAGCCCGGCCACGUAAGCAAGAUUAUCGACGUGAUAUGGAAUUUCCUAUCCUCCUUAAAAGCAGGGCCGGCGUUGGAUUGGAUCAAGAGAAUACUCGUCUCGAAGCCGUUGAAAGUUGUCGUCAAAUUGCCUUGGACAAUCCUCACCAAAAUCCCGAUCGUGAAGACGUUGAAAGGCCCUAUUGAAAGCGCGUUCGGAGCUUUCACUAAAGACAAAGAAAAGAAAGAAGACGAGAAAUCGAGCUCAGACAAGCCGCCGGUGUUGGAAGAGAUCACGAUUCCAUCCGUGUCGCAACUUUUUGGAAUCGGUGUACAGUUCGUGCCGACGGACAAGGGCAUAAUGGGAAUUAGCUUCGACUCGACAACGAAAGCUUUCUACAUUCCGGUAAUCGAGCUGGACGUGAAUUCCGAGGUUGUUUUAAGGAACUUGGUCGCCUACGAGGCGUGUGCGCGGGGCCCGCUUGUUUUGACGCGUUUUACGGAGCUUAUGAACGGGAUAGUCGACACGGAGGAGGAUGUUAGGAUGCUUUGCGGUACAGGGAUUAUUGUGAACCGUCUGAAGGGAGAGAAAGAGGUGGCGGAGAUGUGGAACGGGAUGAGUCGGUCGGUAGGAUUGACGAAAGUGCCCCUGUUGGAUAAGGUGAUUGGGGAGGUGAAUGGGUAUUAUAAUGGGAGGUGGAAGGUUAGAAUUGGGAACUUAGUGAGGAGGUAUGUUUUCGGUUCGUGGAAGAUUCUGACGUUUGUGGCGGCCGCGAUGAUGUUGUUGCUGAUGUGUCUGCAGGCGUUUUGCCAGGUGUAUAGCUGCAGUCGAAUUGUUCCUAUUAAGGCACUUGAGCCUUUGAAUGGUCACGAGUGA